GUGGCGCCCCCCCCCCUCCGUGCUUCAGCAUUCCAUUCUAGAACGUAGAGGAUUUCCCAACGUUCGGAAGGAACGCGGGCCAGCCAAUGAGCGUGCAGCCCAAGCCGGGCUGCGGUCAGGGUUGGAGGCCGGCUCUUGCGCUGCCCCCUCCUCCUCCUCCUCGCUUUCCACCCACGUGCCUUUCACUUUGAUCUCGCCGUCGCCUUCUUGCUUGCUUGCUUUUUUUUUUUUCCCGCGUCUCUUUCGCUUUCCUUUCUUCCGUGCCGGUCGAGAGGGCUGUCCCCUGCGCAGCCAUGGCGGCUCGGGUGAGAGCGGGGAAGGAGAAGGAUCAAGCCAGCGAAGGGGAGGAGGAGGAGGAGGAAGAGGAAGAAGACGGAGGUCUUUGGGAGUACGAUUCCACUUGGGAAGAUGAAGAGGAGGGAAAGGAGGAAGAGGAGGAGGAGGAAGGGAAGCGGGAGAAGAAGACCCGGGAACCGGCUUCUCGAGCCGCUCACCUGGAAGAAUCCAAAGCCGGAGAGAAACACAGCUGGUGGCCGACCAACCCGAAGUGGGCCUCCGCUACCCAGAGCAUAAGUAGGCGUAACUGGAACGCAGCCAGAGAUAUGCAGAAAUAUAGGCGGCAUUACCCGGGAUUAACAGAAAUUGAGGUCAGUGAGGAAGAAAUGUGGAACCUGAGCUUUUACAAAAAUGAGAUUAAUUUUUUGCCCCGUGGUCUCUACAUUGAAGAUCUCCUUGAGAACUGGCAAGAUAACUACGGAGUUUUGGAAGAAAACCAUUCAUAUAUUCAGUGGCUGUUUCCUUUACGUGAACAAGGGAUGAAUUUUCAUGCCAAACGGCUCACAUGCCAAGAAAUUGAGGCCUUCAAGAAAUCUAAAGAAGUCAUGGAGAGGUUCGUCCGGGCUUAUAAACUCAUGUUGAAAUUUUAUGGCAUCAGCUUAAUCAGUGAGGAAACGGGAGAAUUGAAAAAAGCUGAAAACUGGUGUGAGAGAUUUGGAAACCUCAAUCGAUACAGCCAUAACAAUUUACGGAUCACUCGCAUCUUGAAAUGCUUGGGAGAGAUGGGCUAUGAACACUACCAAGUGCAGCUGGUGAAGUUCUUCCUGACAGAGACUCUGGUCCACCAGGUGUUGCCUCGGGUGCUGAGAAGUGUCUUAGACUACUUCAUGUUCACCAUCCGACACAAACUCAAACGACGGGAAUUGGUCUAUUUUGCCUGGCAGCACUUCAAGCCAAAGCACGAAUUUGUCUGGGGUCCUCACAAGAAACUCCGGAGGUUCAAACCUCAGUCCUCCGAGCUUCUGAGUCAUCCAGAAGAGCGAGAACACACCAAGAAAGGAGAUGGAGAGGUUGUGGAGAAGGACAAUGUUGAGUCACCCCAAGCAAUCCUUCAGGGACUUACGGAAAGGAAGUCUUCUGAGCAGGAAGAAGCUAGGGAAGCUCUAGAAAAAGAGAAACAUGGGUUGUCAGAGGAGAGCUGUGUUGCUCAUGUUGAUUUGGGUACAACGAUACAUCAUAACCAUAUUGAGCAGCCUGUAUCCAGCAUUAGUGCCACGUUGAGCCUUUCAGCCAGUAACUCUAUGCAGGACAAAGGUGUUGGGAGGAGAACAACCUCUGUAGAAGAUGCUGACCUAAUGCAAGAUGGGGAGUUUGUAGAAACCCAGUUGAAACCCGUAGAUGACUAUAAGACUUCCAGAACAGCAAAUCAAUCUCAUCUUGCCUUGGGAGAGAAGGAAGCCAAGGGAGACAGUGAAGAAGGCAGAGUAGCUUCAGAUUGUCUUUUGGAAAGAAAGGAUCAUGCUGAUGAGCGUGUGGGUGAAGCUGAGGAAGAAAACCUCAAGGAAUCUAAGAAGAGGAAGCUGGAGCUGAACAGAUUAAGUGGAGAAAUCCCUGAGGCAUCCAAAAGCUCCAAUGACAUUGAGAGGAUCUCCCAAAAUCUUGGCGAGGUGGUGAUUACCAAGGAGGAGAUUAACUUCUUGGCCCCCAAAGGUGGCAGUGAGGACUCCAGAGACGGGAAGAUGGUUGAAUCCCUGGAUGCGGUGAGAAAGAGACGGAAAGUGGACAUUGCACCCAAAGAUGAUUCUUCAGAAGUAGACAGUGAGGUGAUCUCAUCUAAAGACCAAGGAGCAAGUUGUAGUACUCACGAAGUUAAGGAGAAAGAUCUUGUCUGCCAAGAAGAAACCAAAAUGGCGGCCCAUCCUUCUGAAGACACUUUGAUAGGACCUAAGGCUGGAUGUGUGGAUGUGUUGGUUGAUUCCAAAAAGAAUGACCUCCCUGGGGAUAGCUAUCUUCUGGAGAAAGUGAAUGAACAAGAAGCUACUGCUCCAACAAAAAGUGAUGUCCCUUGGUUGUCUGAAACUAUGACAGUUCAUGAAAAGGAUAUAAGAAACAAUGCAGGAUGGAAAGAGCAGGACUUUAAAGAAACAUCUGAUGGUUUCCUAGAAAGGAAUGAAAUCUCCAAAAUAAAGGAACGUGAAAACACCAUGGCUAGACCGGAAGAAGAGUAGUCCUAUCCCAGAUCGGAUGAAAUUGUCCCAAAAUUCUAGAGCAGUGUUUCUCAAACUUGACAAAUUUAAGGCAUGAGGACUUCAAUUCCCAGAAUUCCACAGCCAGCAACGCUGGCUGUGGAAUUCUGGGAGUUGAAGUCCACAUGCCUUAAAAUUGUCAAGUUUGGGAAACACUGCUCUAGAGGUCCGAGCGGCGUGUAUCUUUUCAAAAGCAGAUCAAAAUAACCCUUGCUUGGUUUAUGGUUUGGUCUCUCCAGGUUUUUAUAAAUAUGGGAUGUAAUUGACAUCUAAGGGUAACGUCUUUAGGACUGAGGUGUGUGACUUGCGCAUCUGAUAGUCCCACUUCCAGAAGUCUUAUAUCUUCUAAUUAAUUGCCCAAGGGCUUUGUUCUUUUUUUUAACAGAAAGCACAGACCUGUUAAAUACAAUGUAUGCAACCUUGCAGGUGUGAUUUGCGGUGUUUGCUAGAUGAGCCACAAGAAUGUUAUUUGCUAAAUUAAGUUUGUCUUUGUUAAAUAAAGAUCUUUUAACUUUU